AUGACUGCUUACGAAGUCAUGCUGCUCAAUCGGAAUGGUUGGGAAUGGUGGAACGACACAACGACGCUAUGGGACCGGCCAUGGCAAGACAGUGGAGAAUGCCCAGCAGAUCUCCGAACUCUGUAUAUUGCGCAGCUUGCCAUUUGGUUUGUGACAGCCUUCUCGCACAAGUUUGUGGAAGCAAAGCACAACGAUUAUUUUGUGAUGUACGGACACCACGUUGCCACCUUGGGCCUGGUCUCCCUCUCUUACUUCAAUGGCUGGCAGCCCAUAGGAUUGAGCACACUCUUCGUGCACGAUUCCUCUGAUAUCGUGGUGGAUCUGCUCAAGAUGGUGAACUACCUUGGGUAUGACGCUAAAAGCGGGCUCUUCCUUGCAGAGGGUUUCUUUGCCAUCAACCUCGUCACAUGGUUCCUGAUGCGCACGUAUUUCUUCCUGUUGAAGGUCAUCAGGUCAACCAUUCCGAAAGACCUCUUUGCACCAGGAUGGGGUGACUACAACCGCAGCGCUCCGCUGAUCAGCCCUCAGAACGCAUGCAGGCUGUUGCUGAUCGUCCUGAGCCUGAUGCAUGUGUAUUGGUAUUGCCUUUUUUGGCGGAUCCUUGUACGACUCCUCCGGGGAUCAGCGGGACAUGAGGCUGGCAGAGAGUACGAGGGCAGUUCCGACUCCGAGCCGGAGGAGAAUGGCAAAAAGGCCAAUGUGAAUGCACGCAAGCGAACAUUUCGAUUGCAGAUGCUGACCGAUAACUGGCCCGUACAAGUUUUCGGUGUGUGCUAG